GUAUUAUCCAACGCUCCAUUUUGAACACAAGCCAAUCAACAGCGGAUCUUCUUGUCAUCAAGGAGGCGUGAAACUUAGAAUCACGAAAGACAACAAAAGCUGGUAGCUCCCUCCAAGCUCAACGACCUUAAAAGUUGGAUUCUCAAACUGUAACGAAAUUUCCUUUCGAAUCUACAAGUCCUUUUACUCAACUUUUCUCCGUGCAUUCCUUCCUUUGUUUGCUUUAUUUCAUUCUUUGAGCUCCUCCGUUUGUGGGUUCAUCCACUGAAUUUUAUUAUUGGCUCUUCGUUUCCUUGGUUUUCUGAUUCUCGCUAUUUUUUGGUGGUUACUGCUGAGAGCUUUCAUGGGUUAUUCUUCAUCAAAAAUAAAAUUUAGUCAGUGAAGAUGUGCGAUGCUCUUUAGUCUUCAUUUCGUAUUUCUCAGGUUCUGUCGAUCCUGAAAUCCUUAUCUUGAAAUCUGUCGAAUUCUGCGGUGUUUUGCCCUUGACAAUCCAUUAGAUUGCUUGCGAAGUCAGGCCAGAUCCUAUUCUUCAUAACUUCUCUUCCUUGGCCAUCCUUCUUCUCACGUAAAAUGAAGCAUAUUUCCAAUAAUGAACUUGAUUUGGAAAGUGGUAAGUUGGAUAAGAACAGAGAGAGAACUCUUCCUAGUGGCAGGGUAGUUAAAGUUCACAAUCAAGCCUUACUGUCUGGGUUUGCAUAUUGCUUCUCCUCGUGCAGCAUGAUAUUGAUUAACAAGUUUGUGCUUUCUAGUUAUGAUUUCAGUGCUGGGAUAUCGUUGAUGUUGUACCAGAAUUUCAUUUCAGUGAUUAUUGUUUGUGUGUUGAGACUUCUGGGUCUAAUAUCAACAGAACCCCUAACGUGGAGAUUGGUGAAGGUCUGGUUUCCAGUAAACGUUAUAUUUGUUGGAAUGCUCAUCACAAGCAUGUACAGUUUGAAAUAUAUUAAUGUAGCUAUGGUGACUGUUCUGAAGAAUGUUACAAAUGUCAUAACUGCCGUUGGUGAAAUGUAUUUAUUCAAGAAGCACCAUGACAGCAGAGUUUGGGCUGCUCUUUUUUUAAUGAUCAUUUCAGCAGUAACUGGAGGGAUAACUGACCUCACUUUCCAUGCAAUCGGUUACACGUGGCAGAUAGUUAAUUGUUUCUUGACUGCAUCAUAUUCUCUGACUCUGCGUAAGGUCAUGGAUACUGCAAAGCAAGUUACAACAUCUGGAAAUUUGAAUGAGUUUUCAAUGGUCUUGUUGAACAACACUCUUUCCUUGCCUUCGGGAAUUCUUCUGAUUUUUGUUUUCAAUGAGGCGGAUUAUCUCACGAGAACGCCACUUCUGAGAUUGCCUAGCUUUUGGCUAGUGAUGACCUUAAGUGGAUGUUUGGGUCUUGCGAUCAGCUUCACAUCCAUGUGGUUUCUUCAUCAGACUGGGGCUACAACUUACAGCCUUGUUGGUUCGCUAAAUAAGAUUCCCCUGUCAGUUGUUGGCAUCCUUCUGUUCAGGGUUCCUACUAGUUUGGAGAACUCUGCUAGCAUAUUCUUCGGUCUUCUGGCUGGAGUAUUUUUUGCUAGGGCCAAAUUGAGGGAGAAAUCUCAAUCCUGAAGAACCCUAAAUUGCAUGGUGCUUUACAUGAUAAAGUUUGCACCAGAGGGAGCCCAUCCUCAUUUAUGGGAAUUAUAUUUCUGAAAGAAGAGGAAGUUGAAUCUCUGUCUCUGAGAUAAUUGGCCCUGAGGGAGCACCAUUGAGAAGUAAUUGAUGCCCCCUAUAAAAUGCAAUCAGCUAUAUGGGGUUGGUUGAUGCACCCUUGUUCAUACAGGUAGGGGACUGUGGUUUAACUCUUCUUUUUUUACCGUGCGAAAAUAUGGGGUGGACAAGUUUCUGGUCCAUGUUUUUAUGGACCAUCUGGGGGAGCAGCUGCUGCGACGGAUCGCAAUGACACGUUGGGAGGAAAAUGUUGCCACAGUUUCUUUCGGUUUGUCUCUGUAUAAAGUAAUUUGUAUCCAUGUAUCAUUAAGAUUGGUUUAAUACGAACAUUCUCUUGUGAAAGAAUGAAAAUCUGAAUCUUGUGUUUAGGGUCAGACAUGUUGGAUGAAUUUUUUCCCCCUAGCGUUUGAUGAACUAGUUGAAUGUGAGUUCAUGAUGGGCAUGGAAGAAACUUGUUAUUUUAUCCCAUUUACA